AGUCAUUUGCUAUACCUUUACGUGUUUUAAACCGAUCUAUACUUUACUUUACGUGAGUUUUGAUUACAGUCUUGAAUAACAUUUAGUAUAAUAAUCGUCAAUACAUUACAAGAGUUACAUUACAACACUUUAUUUGAUUUGUAUUUAACAAAAUAUGAGCAAUACUUAUGAGUCGACUAUUGAUUGUAUGAUAAAUGAAUUGCAAGAAAUCAAAGACAAUGUGGUGACCGAUAUUUGCCAUUUCGACUCAACUCAAGUCAAUGUCCAAUACAGUGAUAAUAACGAUAAACUAGUGAUAAAAUUUAAUUUAAACCGCCGAAACAAUAAAUCCGUUGAGUCUUCAGAUUGUGAUAAUCACAGCAAUGAUGAAAACAAAGAACCAGACAAUGGAUCUUAUGGUGACAGUCACGAAAAGACUGGAUCACCUGAUUUAAGUCAUAACAAGAGUGCCAACGAACCGAGUGAUAGCCGAGACAAUGGCGACAAUCAACCGAUUAAAAGCCGAUUAACCCGACGUACUAUUUCUGAGUCAAAUAAUGAGGGAAAAACUCAAGGAAUAUUAAAAUACUCUCAUAAUUGGAUUCGUCGGACAGUUUCGGAAUCGAGUUGUGAUGUCAUACCAAUAGAUUUGGAUCACAUCUUCGAUAGUCAAUUGUCUUAUGAAGACGUGUAUAGUGACGAUGACUUAGAUUUGGACAAAAAGCCAAAAAAGAACGUCCGUUUCAAUGAAAACGUGUCAAAGACUGUAUUUCGACCCAAUUCUAGUAUUUUGGGCCGAAGAUUGAAGAACCAGAAAAAAGCUUUGAAAUUGAAAAACCGGAAGAAUGGCAAAAACGAUUUGACAAAUAAAGAGCAACAGAAAAGUACUGAUUGUGAGCGCACCCGACAGGACAGUGGCUAUGAUAGUGAAGACAACAGCGGACACAAUCAUGAAAUGGAUGAUCCAAUCAAAGUCAUUGAAAACUGUAUUGAAAUCGAAACGGGUAUUAAAAAUCUUGUUUUUGAAUAACCUAACGGAUAGACAUUUGGUUAGCAAAUUCAAGAAUAAAUCUCUCAAUUACCAGUAAUUUCCUGUGUAUUAUAUAACCAAAAACAAAACAAAAAAAAAAAACAAAAAAAUGUACAAAUAUUAAGGCCUUUUUGUGAAUCGAGUUAUCGAUUAAAUCAUUUAAUUCCUAACAAUUUAUUAU